ACUCCAGUGACAUUGUGGUUUUAGGUCCUGAACGGCGUCGUAUCACAGAACCCUAAACCUUUAAAGUGUAAUAGUGUAUCCACCAUUUUCGUUCAAACGGAGAGCUCCGAGGAGAUCAGAAUCACAGAAUGAUCCGAUUUGCGAGACUAAAACCUAGAAUUGAGCUAGUGUGUUACGAUCUUAUUCAGAAAUGCUACGCUAGUGGAACCCCUAAAGGAAAAGCUAAGCUGAAGACAGGCCAACCACUGAAGCGCAACAAACUCACAAUCAGGAAAGGAGGCGGCGGAGGAGGUGGUGAGGAAGCGGUUAAGGGAAAAGGAAGAAUCUCUGAUGAGAAGCAGAAGCUAUACGAUCAAUGCCUAAACGCUCCUUGCCCUGUUCGUUACCUGAGACCCAAGGAUAUUGAACGAGAGGCGAAACGAGAGAAGCUAGGCUUGAUCAGUAAGGAUAGGCAACGAGAGAUUGAGAUUCAGAAGAAAGGUGGACCUUUUACUAUGGGAGUUACUACUGAGCCGAUGAGGAUUGGGACUCCGGGAUUAGAUUACAUUUCGUUAGGGAUUUUUACGGAAGAUGAGUUGCCCAAGUAUAAGGUGACGGUGGAGGAUGGGAAGAGACUUGCUAAGGAGUAUAGUAGAGUGCUUAUGAGAGAGCAUAGGGCGAGACGUGUGGCCGAGACUAAUUUGUUGAAGUUGAGAAAGGCUGCAAUUGAGGCAUUGCCGGAGAAUUUGAAGAAGGCUGCUUUAGAGCGUGAUUUAACUCCGUUUCCGGCGAAUCGAGGUAUGGCUACGCUUACUCCGCCUAUUGAAGGGUAUCUGGAGAAGAUUAUGAAUGCAGCUAAGAAGAGCUCAGGUAAAGAGAAGCUGAGAUGAUGGUAAGAGGAAUUUGUCUUUUUGCUGUUAGUUUUCACUCGUUUUUUUUUUUGUGUGUUGGAGAUGAGUUGUGUUGAUUGGAUUUCGAUCAAAGGAAACAACUUGAGACGUUUGUCUACCUGAAAUAAUAUUGGUCAUAUGGCAAUUACCCCUCUAUGUUGUGCUUCUCCUUACCUGAAAUAAUAUUGAAUAUUGAAAAUCUAA